UGGGGGAAAUUGAAAUAAACGUUGGUUUGAACUCUCUCCCUGACGAUUGUUUGCCGACUACUCAAUGCAUUUAGCUGGGUGUUCAAAGUCCUGGCUCAUUUAACAGUUAGUUACCGGGAAUAUUUGACCUAAGAUGGGGGACUGUGUCGAGCUAACGUUACAGAUCACUCCGGAGACUCCAGGCAGGCCUUCAAUAAGAAACCCGUUUGAAAGUCCCAAUGACUACCACCACCUCCGUGAACCCCUGGUGCCAAGCCCCUCUGUCUUUAAGUCCAAGCCUUGUAAAACGACUCCACCCAAGUUUAACUGGUCUAUUGAUGAGAUGUCCAGUCUUAUCCCAGUGCACAUAGACCCAGAGGACAUCCAGCGGCAGUCUUUUUACCUCAGCCAGACGAGGAUGGAUUCUGACAUUGAGGAAAAGCGACAGAAUGCUAUUGAGCAGUUUUUCACCAAAGGAGCCAUUGUGCCCUCGCCCUGGGCAGCACCAGAAGCUCGUAAAGGCCCACAGAUGUACACGAAAAGUAAGUCUGCAAUGAUUGCAGAGGAGCCAGAAAGAGUCUCAGUUGCUUGUCAGACAACUCUUUCAUUACCCUUGGCUUUCGAUUUGGAGAAAGUACUGGGGGAUUAUUACCGCUGCGAUGAAGCCUGCGAUGCUGUGCAGGAGAGUCUUAGUUCCUCCUCCUUGAGACGGAAACUCUUCCUCGAUGGCCGGGGCACUUAUAGCGGCUCCGACAGCUCCAGCCCACCAAGCCCAGAGAGAAGCCACAUCACGGAGGAGAGGCUUUCUCGCCACCGAGGAGAGGGAUCCUUAGGACGGGUCGCAGGUUCUGAGGGAGACGCUGUCUUUUUCUCCCCUUUGUCCUGCGGCGUGUCGGCUCUGACUCCCUCUACGGGUCAGUUCUCGUCCAGUCCCAUCCAGCACGGCUGCCUCCGGGACUGCAGCCUCGGCAGCAUCCCCAGUCCUCUGUUCCCUGAUAAGUCGUCUCACGCUGGCCUCGCCUCGCCCACAGUUUCGCCUAUUGUUGCACAUGCAGCACGCACACCCAUAUGCUCAGCUGAGAGGAAGCUGCCGAGCAAUUUUACUCCACUGGGUGUUCCCCUGGACAAAAAUGUCACUCCUUGCAACGUGAGUCCAUUUGUCGAGGGUUGCUCACCCAUCCGUAGCUGCUCCCCGCACCAGCUGCAUUGCCACAACGAGUCCCAGCACAACGCCAGACCGAAGCCCCGGCCCAGAGUCCGCUGCUGGGCCUCUCCACCCCUCAUCUCCCCGAUCCUCAACCCGCAGCUUCAAGACAAUCAGGAGGCUGAGCAUCAAUUCCCCUUCCUCUCUCCAUCUUCCUCCUCCUGUUCCUCCUCUUCUCUCCCCCUUAUGGAGCUAGAUCCAACUUCGCCGCUGGCCCGCGACGCACACCUCGCUGACGCUGAGAGAGUUAGCUUGGAUCCUAUGGAACCCGUGAACAUGGAGGAGGGCAGGGAGGCCGAGACGGAAGGGAGGUUGGAGGAUGAAGAGGAGGAAGGUGCGGGGCUUUCGGCACAGCUGACCAGCUCUCGUAUGGGCAAUGUGUCGGCAACAGAAAGCUCUCGUAUGUUUGCGUCUCUUCUGGCAGAGGGAAGCAGCAUACGCUACGAUUCUAGCAUGCAGGUGGACAGCGGUUACAACACUACCUCAGCAGGCACUGCCAGCCUUAUAGACGGCCUCGGCUCUGACUGUCACAGCAAAGAGUCCUUCAGUUCAAACCUGGCAGAAGAAGCCUUGCAACUGACUCGACACACUAAAAUAAAGGUAUUUUAUCCUCACCACUAAGCCAUCUGAUCGAUGCAUUUUAAAGGGACGCCUCUUCCACUGGAAGCUUAAGAUGAUUCAUUUGUAACCAAAUGCAACAAAGUUUACACUGUUUUGAAGCGUUUAUGUUGCAUUGAUUUGGUUAGGGGGGAUUGGUGUCUGUUUGAACUGAGGGGUUUCUCAACUGGUUAUUAAUAUUUUUAAGGUUUAAAGUUCACGUUGUCAUACUAUAGUGUUUCAUCACAGGCUGGAAGGGAGAAUACUAACCCAUAGCCCCUCUUAAUCCCAGUGUAAGACACUGAUAAGCAAUUAUUAUAAGUCAACAGUUCUUAUGGACCGAGUACUGAUUACUGGUGUGAUAAAGGGGAAGAGAAAAAAAGUAUUUCUGUAUUAAAUUUGCACAAUGGUAAUCUCCUUGAAUGCUGUAUUGACGCUGAAGUCAUCAUUUCAUUUUUAUUCGUCGCUGACACGAUCAACCUGAUAACUUGACUUUCAGAUGACAUCAGAUUUGUACUGUAUUUAUCUUUUUAUAAAACAGUUUAUCAUGAUUUCUCUUUUUUUAUGAUUUUAUUGUUAAUACAGAUUGCUUGUGGAUCUUAUUUGGAUUGUUAUAUUUAUUCCUGAAUAAUGCCACUAGCCAAUGAAAAGCUGAUUGAGCCAUUUGUCUUUAAAAAAAAAAAAUAUAUAUAUAGAAGACAUUGUUUUUGAGUUGGUAGUUUCUACAAUGUAUUCUGUGUAUCCUGACCUAAUGGUUACAUCACUGUGGUAAGCAAACAGGACUGGACCACGGAUACUCUACUUGCAUUGCUCGGGGCCAGGAGCCAGAUAAUAAACAAACUUUGAUAUUUCACAGAUAAAAUGAAUAAACAUUACAAAUCCA